AUGUCAAGCUUAAAACUCACUUCAAAACUUUCAAAAUUCUUGCCUUCACUCACAGCUCAAAGCGCUUCCAAAUCAAGAGCUUUUGCCAUUGCAGCCACAAGGCCGCUGCAAGCACAGUCCAAGAAGGAUGAAGAGGAACUAGAUGCAAUUGAAAAGACGAAAGAAGCAGCAGAAGCAGUAAAAAGUGGGGCAAAAGAAGUAAGGGAAACCUGCGAAUUCAUGAGAGACACUGUGGAAACAACUGCCAAAACCGUUACGAAAAUGACAAAGGAGGCAACAGAAAAAGUUUCAGAUACAGCUGAAUCCAUCAAAGAUAAAGCAAAGGGCUCAGUCUCGGGAGCUUUGGGAAUAGCCCAAAUUAUUAAGGACAAAGUUUCUGCAGAUUAG